AUGCCCGCCGUCCGCUUCAGCGCCUCGCCGCCACCGCGCUCGCCUCCCUCACCCCGUUCACCCCCAGCCGCCAGCAGUCCGGAGCCAGCCCCAGCUCAGCCAGUCCGCUCAGCUCUUGCUCACCCUGAACCCUCACUCGAAGCUACUUUCGGCCUCAUCCUCCAAUCCCAUGACCGGCGCUACGACAGGCAAGACGCUCUUCCACCUGGAAGUUCUGCUGGCUCGAGCCCACGCCACUCAGCAACCGAGGUAGCCGCGCUGAAGAGGCGUAGCAAUCCUCAGAGACCUCCCAGGCCCACCUCUGCCGCACUACAAGGUGCGCAAGCUUACCUCGACGCCACACUCAAGCCUUCAACCAUGCGCCUGCGAGAUGUAGAGGCUUGGGUCGAAGACUCACUACACGCCCAGUCCAUGUACAACCUCACAGCCCACUCAACCCUUGACAUUCCCGCCGCCAAUACUCAUCGCUGCUCAGAUCCGUUGUCGGCGGGCGACUGGUCCGCAUUUGAGCAGAUUCCCACUACCCCAGAGACCCGAAUGAGGUCCGACGGCGAGCCACUGCGGCGCAUGAAAAGUUCGUCCUUCUCGUCAUCCUUGGGAAGGAAGCUCGCGAGAUCGCCCUCGGACCUCAUGACCUGGCUCAGAACUCCGUCAGCCCAGGGUUCUGCUUCUCGAUCUCGAUCCAUUUCCCAGACUACUGAUCCGCACGAAGAGGAGCAGCUGGCUUCCAUCGACCGCCGCUGGUCAGCGUCCAGCCGUCGCCGCACGCUCCGCCUUUCUGACGGCUCGCAGCGCGCUCUUCCUGCUCCCAGCACUCCUCCAAGCUACCGCGCAGUCUUGAAUGGACUCCACCGUCGUUUCUAUAGCAACGAUGCCAGCUCUGAUUCGGAUUCGUCGUGGACCUCCUUCGGUUGCGUCGACGGCAUGCGGCGUCCCGAUCUAGAGUUGAAAGUCGAACAAGAUACCGAUAAGAGCAAGCUCGACGGAGGCGUGCGUCAAUCCAAUGGGCGAGCGAACAUGGUGAAGGGAGCCAGGAUCGUUUCUGAAGAUGCUGCAACAAACCUCAGUGACCGGACGGAGGAUGCAAACCCGGAAGAAGCCGAGGACGGCAGCAGCCUCCUGUAUCCAUCCGGCGUGCCCAAAGAUAGCGGCCCAGCGGAGGAAAACAGCCCAGUGAAGGAGACUUUGAAGAGGAUCGCAAGCCGUUUUGAUGUGCCCAUCAGGCAGACGCGGCCGUAUAUGGAGAGCGAUACGGCUUGCAUGAUGCCGUAUUGA